AGGCCAGGGUCAGAGUGGGUGCGAGCGUCCGCGGGACACGUUGGGCGUGUUGUCCUGCUGCAGUGGUCUUCGAGGUUCCGUGCGUGUUGUGCACUGCACCUCUUUAGUAGAGACAGCAGUGGGUUCGCGUCGCCGUGGUUCACUCUAGCAUGCUGACUGUGUGAAGAAGUCAAGAUGGGAAUGUUCGCAGGAGGCAUGAGGUUACCGACUUCCCCUCCCCUACCAAGGGGCUCAGUCAUGUUUUUUCUUCUGCUUCUCGCUGUUUUCCAUUCAGCGGCUUCGCAGGACUGGAGUUUCUGGGGAGGUGACACCACUGAUGCUCCAGCUGAGGUGCCACAUGCUGCGCUGGGGGAUGUGGCACAUCAGAGCGACGCCGAAGUAGAAGAUAAUUACAAUGAUUAUUAUGAUGUGAAUGAAGUUGAUAUUGACAAGACAGAUGAUGGAUUUGGUCUUAGUGCCAGUGCCAACCUUAGUGCUGAUGAACCAUAUAACACCAGACGAUAUUGGUACAACAGCACCUAUAGCUACGGAGACCGAACUGGUGACAGUGGCCAUGCUAGUCCUAGUGAUAGAAGAUAUGAUUAUAGUAAUAGGAGAGUUGGUAGCAGGUCUGACAACAGUGAUGGGGGUGAUAACUAUAAUUCCAAUGAUGAUGGAGGAUACAGUUCUGGAAGCACCCAUAAUUCAACCAGUUACAGGACAUGGUGGACCUACAGUAAAGAUGGUGACAGAGGUGAUAGAGAUGGUCAGGAUGUGGAUGAUAGACUAAAUGAAAAUGAAGUACGAGGAGACUAUGGAAGAACUGGUUCUGGUACUAGCUACGAAAGUGGAAGAUAUGGUGGCAGCGACAGUGGAGGUGCCGGCAGUGGCUACAGUGGAAGUGAUAGCUAUGGCAGCAGUGGAAACGUUGGUGGUGUUUACGGUGGCAGAAACAGCUAUGGCACCAGUGGGAGCACCAGUGGCGGCUAUGGUGGUGGAGACAACUAUGGCGGCAGUGGAGGCGCCAGUGGAGGUUAUGGUGGCGGGGACAGUUAUGGUGGCAGUGGAGGCGCUGGUGGCAGCUAUGGUGGUGGAGACAGCUAUGGCGGCAGUGGAGGUGCUGGUGGCGGCUAUGGUGGUGGAGACACCUAUGGUGGCAGUGGAGGUGCUGGUGGCGGCUAUGGUGGUGGAGACAGCUAUGGCGGCAGUGGAGGUGCUGGUGGCGGCUAUGGUGGUGGAGACAGCUAUGGCGGCAGUGGAGGUGCUGGUGGCGGCUAUGGUGGUGGAGACAGCUAUGGCAGCAGUGGAGGUGCUGGUGGCGGCUAUGGUGGUGGAGACAGCUAUGGCGGCAGUGAAGGUGCUGGUGGCGGCUACGGUGGUGGAGACAGCUAUGGCGGCAGUGGAGGUGCUGGUGGCGGCUAUGGUGGUGGAGACAGCUAUGGCGGCAGUGGAGGUGCUGGUGGCGGCUACGGUGGAAGUGACAGCUACGGUGGCAGUGGAGGCGCCGGUGGUGGCUAUGGUGGUGGAGACAGGUAUGGUGGCAGUGGAGGCGUAGGUGGCGGUUAUGGUGGAAGUGACAGAUAUGGCGGUGGUGGUGGUGGUUAUGGCUAUGAUGAUACUACUGGUGUGAGACCACAGGUGCAGCCGCGACCUUCAGGCUACCCUGGCUCUGGUGCCGAACUGCAGCAAGAGUGUGGAGGCGAGGACUGCAACACAGGUGGAUGCAAAUGCAUUGGAGAGAAGGGUUCAAGGGGAGCUCCAGGAUUGCCAGGCCCUACUGGAGAGAAGGGACAGCAGGGCUUCCCAGGCAUGGAAGGACUCAUGGGUCCCAAGGGAAGCAAAGGAGAACCGGGUCCACAAGGUCCUACAGGUCCCAAAGGAGAUAGAGGGAAGAUGGGUCUGAAUGGCUUCCCAGGUAUCAAUGGCAUUCCAGGCAUUCCAGGUGUGCAGGGACCCAGAGGCAGACCUGGCCUUGAUGGUUGCAAUGGCACCGAUGGUGAACCUGGAGUGUCUGGCGUUCCUGGACCACCAGGCCCAAGAGGUUUCCGUGGUCCAGAGGGUCAGAAGGGCAUAAAGGGAGAACCUGCAAUUGGGCCUUGCACCUCUUCUAAGGGUGAAAAGGGUGAGCCAGGCCGUGAUGGUCGACAGGGGCCACAGGGUCCACCUGGCUUGCCUGGGCCGCAGGGAGACAAUGGCUACAGAGGUAGAGAUGGAGAGAAGGGUGAAAAAGGAUAUAUUGGACCCAAGGGAGACAAAGGAGCAAUGGGAGUAGCCUUCAAGGGACCUCCUGGACAAAGGGGAGAGAAGGGACAAAAGGGUGAAGCGCAAGAUUGCCCCAUAGAGCCUCAGAUAUAUCACAAUUGUACUGGAAUUGCAUUCCUGGGCACCAAAGGAGACAAAGGUGCCAAGGGUAUGAGAGGACGAGAUGGCAUACCAGGCUUCAGUGGUAGCAAAGGUGACUCUGGAAAGAAUGGCCCUCCUGGAGAGAAAGGUCUACCUGGCCUACCUGGUCCCCCAGGACGUGAAGGAUUUCCUGGUCCACCUGGCCCCAAUGGUUACAAGGGUGACCUGGGACCAGCUGGUCUUGAUGGCUUGCCAGGUCUCAAAGGAGACAAAGGUGAAGCAGGAUAUCCUGGCAGAGAUGGUGAGAAAGGAAACCAAGGUCCUCCAGGACCUUCCAAGGGUGGCCCACAAGGUCCACCUGGUCCUAAGGGCUUGACUGGCUUGCCAGGCCCUCGAGGCAACGAUGGAAUAGACGGGCAGCCAGGUCGCCGUGGAUCUCCAGGUGUGCCGGGUGGUCCUGGCCAACCUGGAAAUCCUGGUAGAGAGGGUUCUCCUGGCCAGAAGGGAGACAAGGGUGUCAGUGGACGACCAGGUGAUGCAGGUCCACAAGGACCACCAGGCCUGCCAGGUGAGCGUGGGGAAGCUGGCCGCCCAGGACCAAAAGGAAACAAGUGCUUCUCCAUUGCAGGAGAACCAGGAACCCCAGGAUCACCAGGCAAUCCUGGGAGGGAUGGCAUCUCUGGACCCCCUGGACUCAUGGGACCUAGAGGCAUACCUGGAGACAGUAAGGAUGGCAUCCCUGGUGGCAUUGGAGAAAUUGGUGACCGUGGUUUGCCUGGUGUCCCAGGCACCCCUGGCCAGGAUGGCAUACCAGGUCGCCCUGGAACUAAAGGUGAUGCUGGUCAAGACUGUGAGUGUGGUGAGUGUGAGAAGGGUGUGAAGGGUUUCCCAGGCCCUCAAGGUAGUCCAGGCAUUUCAGGAGCACGUGGUCCACCAGGACCUAUUGGCUACCCAGGCGAGAGAGGUGAAGAUGGUCAGGUCGGGGUGCCAGGAUUGCCUGGCAAGGAGGGUGAAGCUGGUCAGCCAGGCAAUUUAGGUAGCAAGGGAGAAAAAGGUGAUUCUGCUGUGGCCUACCCAGGACCACCAGGUGAAAAAGGUGAAAAAGGUCGACCAGGCUUGCGAGGUGAAAUUGGACAGAAAGGAGAGAAAGGUUUAAGUGGAAGUAAAGGUCUUCAGGGUCUUCAUGGUUUACUUGGACGCAAAGGAGAUAAAGGUUUGAGAGGCUUAGAUGGCGCAAAAGGUGAAAGAGGUUUCCCAGGAUUCUGCCAGAAAGGAGAGAGAGGAAUUGAUGGUACUGAUGGUGAGAAGGGCACAAAGGGAGAAAGAGGUCGACCUGGUGAAGAUGCCUUGGCUAGUAGUUUGUGUAAUAAUGUUACUGGUCCAGCUGGAGAAAAAGGAGACCCAGGCCCUCGAGGAUAUGCAGGAGAGAAAGGAACAGUUGGCCUUGAUGGAAUAACCGGUGAGAAGGGUGAGCCAGGCAGCCCAGGUCGGCCAGGUUCACCAGGUCUCUCAGGCCGAAGAGGUGAAAAGGGACCCAUGGGUGCACCAGGCUUCCCUGGAGAGAAAGGUGAACGAGGACCUGCAGGCCUUUCAGGAAGAAAUGGAGCCAAAGGCAGCAAAGGUGAAGAGGGACGGCCAGGUGUGGGUCGGCCUGGAGUUCCAGGUAUCCCAGGUAUCAAAGGAGAACAAGGUCUACCAGGAUUGCCAGGCAAAAAUGGUUCCCCUGGAUCACCAGGCACACAGGGACCACCUGGUAUCAAGGGAGAGAAGGGAAUACCAGGUCUUCAUGGUCUGGUUGGUAUGAAGGGUGACAAAGGUGAUAUGGGACCUCCAGGACUGAUUGGCCAGACGGGACCUCGUGGUUUACCUGGCAUGGAUGGACAGAAAGGUAUUGAUGGGCUACCAGGACCCCCUGGACCUAGUGGUGUGGUCGGUUUGCCUGGCAUCAAGGGUGACAGGGGACUAACAGGUCCUGCUGGCCCCAAGGGAUCACCUGGAGCUCCUGGACAGCCAGGUUUGCCUGGACGGCCGGGCAAUGAUGGCCGGCCAGGCUUGCCAGGGGCAAAGGGAGAAAUGGGUAUUGCGGGCUUCCCUGGUAACCCAGGCCUUGCUGGUCGCAGCGGUCUCCAAGGACAGGUGGGACAAAAAGGUGAAAGAGGUGUGCAAGGACUUCGAGGGGAGGUCGGUGUUCCUGGCAGGGAAGGACUGAGAGGAGACAAGGGUGAACGAGGAUUAAUGGGUGAACCAGGCAUUGCUGGAGUAUCAUCAGAGAAAGGAGAGAAAGGCAACACUGGUCCUCCAGGACGACCUGGAUUGUUUGGACAGCCUGGAAAACCUGGCCCUCAGGGUCUACCUGGACCUAAGGGUCGUGAUGGAUUUGGUCUUCCAGGUCCUCCAGGAGAACAAGGCCCUCCAGGACUUCCUGGUCUAAAUGGUCCAGAGGGAAACCAAGGUUUGCCAGGCGAUGAUGGCCUUCAGGGUCGUCAAGGAGACAAGGGGCUGCAAGGGUUCCCUGGGACUCCUGGAGAGCCCUGUAACCUUGUUAUUGGUCCAAAGGGUAACAAGGGAGAAGCAGGUUUUGAUGGCUUGAGAGGGGAGAAGGGCAACACUGGAUCAGAAGGUACUCCAGGGUUGGAUGGACUACCCGGCCAGUCUGGAGACAAGGGACUUCCUGGGCUGCGUGGUGUGCCUGGUAUACCAGGCCAGAAAGGUAGCAAAGGUGAUCCUGGUCCAGCUGGCCAACAAGGACCAGAAGGACUCCCUGGUCUUGAUGGUCGCACUGGUGUGCAGGGUCCUAAGGGUGAUCCUGGUCUUCCUGGGGCACCUGGAAACCCUGGCAUUGAUGGCCUUAAAGGGGAGAAGGGUAACACAGGACCUUGGGGACCCAAAGGACAAAAAGGAAGAACCAUUAAAGGUGAAAAGGGACUUCCUGGUGAAGCUGGAAAACCUGGAACAGAUGGAGCAUCUGGAGAAAAGGGUUCUAAGGGUGAUAUGGGAUUCCCUGGAUUGCCUGGACAAAGAGGUUAUAAAGGAGAUGCAGGUCUAGCAGGAUUUGAUGGAGCAAAGGGUGAACGUGGGCCUUCCGGUCCUGCUGGGUCACCAGGGCAGGAUGGUAGACCAGGUUUACCAGGUGAACAAGGUUUAGUAGGACCUCCAGGAGACAGAGGCCUCCCAGGUCAACCUGGUUUACCUGGUCCUAAGGGACCAAAGGGUGACAUAGGUCUCCAAGGUCUUGCAGGUCAACCCUGUCUACCAGGACCUAAGGGAGAGAGAGGCAUCAAUGGUUUACCAGGUCGCACUGGAGAAAAGGGAGUCCAGGGAGCCAAGGGCUUCAAUGGUUUACCAGGUGCUCCUGGUCGACCUGGGCUACCAGGAACAAAGGGGGAGAGAGGCCUCCCUGGCCUUGAGGGUCGUGCUGGAAUUCCUGGAAUAAAGGGUCAGCGAGGCCCACCUGGUCCUCCUGGACCCAUAGGGCCUAUGGGUCCAGCAGGUAGCCCAGGUAUGCCUGGCAUGCCAGGUGCCAAAGGAGACCGUGGCCCCGAUGGACUGCCAGGAAUAAUGGGUCCUCAAGGCAUGAAGGGAGACAGAGGUUUUGCAGGUGCACCAGGAUUCCAGGGUGCUAUAGGGCUGCAAGGAAGCAAGGGUGAGCCUGGAAGGAGCUGUACUGAGCAGCAACCUUAUUACUCGGGGACACUUGUGGUGAGACAUUCGCAGACCACUUAUGUACCGCAGUGUGAAGCUGGACACUUCAAGCUGUGGGAUGGUUUCUCCUUGCUUUAUGUAGAAGGCAAUGAAAAAGCUCAUCACCAAGAUCUAGGCUUGGCAGGUUCAUGUGUGAGAAGAUUCAGCACAAUGCCAUUCAUGUUCUGUGAUUUCAAUAAUGUAUGCAAUUAUGCCUCAAGAAAUGACAAGUCCUAUUGGUUGUCUACCAAUGAACCAAUUCCCAUGAUGCCUGUUUCUGACACGGCCAUUCAACCAUACAUAUCAAGAUGUGUGGUGUGUGAGGCACCAUCCAAUGUUAUAGCUGUCCACAGCCAGUCUCUCUCAGUGCCUGACUGUCCACAGGGAUGGAGCAGCAUGUGGAUAGGCUACUCCUUUGUUAUGCACACUGCAGCAGGUGCUGAAGGCGGUGGACAGUCUCUCAGUAGCCCAGGAUCAUGUCUUGAAGACUUCCGUGCUACACCAUUCAUUGAAUGCAAUGGAGCCAGAGGAACAUGCCACUACUUUGCCAACAAAUUCAGUUUCUGGCUUGCCACAAUUGAGGACAGAAAUCAGUUCUCAAGGCCAGUGUCAGAAACUCUAAAGGCUGGAAGCCUUUUGACAAGAGUUUCAAGAUGCCAAGUUUGCAUGAAGUACUAGCAUGAGAAUAUAAGCAUAAAGCUUAGCAAAGAAAAGGUUAUAAUAAAGAAAUACUAGAGCACAAAUGACUGACUGACAUAGCAAAUCUCUGAUACUCUAGUGAUAUCUCAAUUGAGCUUUUCUGCUUGUAGAUUAAUUUUAUUUGAAAUUAGUGUAAAUAGAUUUUGUGUCAAUGUCUAGUCUAUGUGGCUUCUUGCAGAGUGCAUUUAUGAAGUUCAUCAUAACAAAGAUACUGAAAACUAUUUAAGAUUUAUAUUGUUAUUAUCCAUGCAUACAAAGUAUAUAAUAUAUACAAGUAUCAUGCAGGGACCUUGCUCGUGCCAAAUAUUUCUUUUUCUUUUUUGUUUUCUUUUAGCAACAUUCUGUGUCACCUAUUUCUGCUCAAGUGUCCUUUGGCCUGGAUGGGGCCAUGAGGUACUCAAACCAACAUUCUUGAAUCUCACCAAACUUUUUUUUUUUUUUCUCCCAUAAAAGGUGCUAUGUGAACCAUUAUUAUAACAAUAAAUAUAGGGUGUAUUUAAAGCAGAUUGUGAAAAUUUUUAUAAAAUUGGGUUUCCUUAGAGAUUAGUUUAUGUUUUCCUGGUGCUACAUGUCGAUAAGUAUAGGUUAAGCUUAAUGUGAAUGUUUAUAUCUUUCUUUUUACUUUCCAGUAUAUUCAGGGUGACACUGCCAUCAAGAAUUUCCUCUAUGAGGUUUUUCUUGUAAUUUAGGAAAAACUCGUGUGAGGUCUUAGUACUGCACUUUUAAUUUAAAAAGUGUGCACUUAGCAAAGAAACGUGUGAAACAAUUAUCUUUAUAUAUAUAUAUAUAUAUAUAUAUAUAUAUAUAUAUAUAUAUAUAUAUAUAUAUAUAUAUAUAUAUAUAUAUAUAUUUCCAUGUCACUGCCAUUUCUUCUUUGAAUUAAAUAACUUGAAGAAAGAUGUUAGUUUGUAUUUCUGUAAACCCCUAGUUUAUGCAUGAUGUUAUUGUUAAUUUUUACUUAUUAGCUUAACAAAAUAAAUACAUUUCUCUUAGUCAUGCAUUUGCAUUCAAUCAUAUAUGCAGCUACUAGAGACGUGAAACAGGUGCAUAUGUCAUGACUAUUCCAAUGACAAGUGUUUACACAGCUGACAGCAACUAAGGCAGUGUCUUCUUCAGCUUUUGUAAGGUCCUUCAUCUUUAGCACCAUCUUUGUAGCUGUCCUUUGAAUUCUUUCAAAUAUCUGAAUAUCCUUUACAUAUGUGGAGACUACACCACUGUUGCAUAUUGAAGUCUAUGUCUUAUCAUAGUGGUUAUAGUUUUUUUUUCAUCAUACUCUUAUCCUUGUAAUUAAAUGCCAUCCUGAUAUUUGUUAGUGUCUUAUAUUUUGAAGUAAAUAACCCAUUUACAUAUCUUUCUUGGGUCAGGGUGUAUUGUAUAACCACUCCCAGGUCUAUAUCUUCCUUCCUCUUCAUUUAUAAUCUCUUCUCCCAUUUGGUAUUUGUAAUGUCCUGUCUCCAUAUCCAUAGUUAUCCAGUUUAGCCUAAAGUCAUGAAUAUUUCUUGCUUGAAUCACAGUUUCAUUUAAAUUGUUCCAAAUUUCUAUGCUUAUGUUUGGAAAACUAUAUUUCUUAAUGUCUCUUCUAUUUGCAGUCUUUUUCAAUUUCAUGCUGUGUCCCCUUUUAUUUCUUGAGUCCCACACCAAUAAAUCUUCUUUAUCAACUGUG